AGCCCAUGACACUUUACUCUGUAACCACCACCUCUCUCCCUCUCUCUAUCCAGCGAAACAGAUUUUUACGUUUUCGAAAAACUUCCAGAUAAGUGAGUCUUCUACCAGCAGUUGAGUGGUUUCCGGGUGAGCCAUGGCGAUUGCCGACCGGAGAAAGUCACACUCCGAUGUGAAGUUGUUCAGGCUUUGUCCGUUUUGGCAGACUGGGACCAACUCCUCGUCUUCUUCUUCUUCCACGCAGAACCUCAAUAGCAGCCACCGCGGUAACCGACAAGUGGAGGCGAACGGUAAGUCUUCCAAAACGGUUUCUUCGGUGGCGAGAUCGCUUCUUCCUCCUCGGCGGAGGCUCCGGCUCGAUCCACCCAACCACCUCUACUUCCCUUAUGAACCCGGAAAACAGGUGAAAAGUGCAGUCAGGUUGAAAAAUACAAGCAGGUCUCAUGUAGCUUUCAAGUUUCAAACCACUGCACCUAAGAGCUGCUAUAUGCGUCCUCCUGGCGGUAUCCUCGCUCCUGGAGAAAGCAUUAUUGCAACUGUGUUCAAGUUUGUGGAGCAUCCAGAGAACAAUGCAAAACAAGUAGACCCGAAGAGCAAGGUUAAAUUUAAGAUCAUGAGUUUGAAGGUGAAAGAAGGAAUGGACUUUGUACCUGAGCUGUUUGAUGAACAGAAGGAUGAGGUGACAGUUGAGCGGGUUUUGCGUGUGGUAUUUUUGGACGUAGAGCGUCCUAGUCCUGUUACCACAAAGGCAUUGGAGAAACUGAAGCGUCAGUUGGCUGAAGCUGAGGCUGCUCUCGAAGCGCGCAAAAAUCCUCCAGCAGACACUGGCCCCCGAGUUGUUGGGGAAGAUAUGGUCAUAGAUGAAUGGAAAGAGCGAAGGGAGAAGUAUCUGGCCCGACAACAGGUUGAAGCAGUUGACUCUGUGUAGCCAAUGCUUGUUCUUACUAUCAUUUCCUUUUUUGUCUGAUCGUCAUUGGGAUCCUUCGAUGUGUGGUUGUAUAUUGAGGCGUACUCGAGGGAUGGAAAUUAUGCAUCAUAUGAUGAUUGCCAUGCCACAAUUUGUCCAUGAGGGGUAUGGAUUUCCGGUACUGGUUGAUGGGCUGAGUCAUCCUAGAUGUAGAUAACAUAUUUUGUUGUAUCAUAAUAAGCUAUGCUAUAAGAGAAGCAUAUGUAGUCAUCCUUUCACUCUAUUCACGGUCAAAUUUGAUCAAUAAUUAUGAUUUUAGGCCUCCUAGUUUUGUAAUCCUUGUGCAUAUUUAUGGAAUGUAAUGCUGUAUAUGUAUUUGGAUUUCCUGGA